UCCAUCACAAAUUGUUGUGUGGGUUAGACUUCCUGGACUGCCUUACAAAUGCUAUUCAAAAGCUCUUCUCCAGGUAAUGACGGUUUCAUUCAGAAGCUGGAGUAUGAGAAGUUGAAUCUUAUCUGUUUUGAAUGUGGAAGAUAUGGUCACUAUAAAGAAGGGUGUUUGGUGAAUUCCGCUGUGUAUAUGGAGGCUUCGACUGUUAGUCAAAAGGACGUGGAAGCUGACCCUCCAGCUCCUAGUGCGUUACCGGAAUCAGAAUUUUACGGCCCUUGGAUGGUGGUGGAGCGCCGUCACAGAAAGCAAAACUAUGACAUUCUGAUUAAAGAGAAAAAAGUCGGGGAAACUAGCAAGGUAGUGUCAUCCUGUUUUGAUGUUUUACAGGAAGUCGUUGAGGUUGAUGAACCGAGAUCACAAGCUAAUACCACGAAUGAGCCGAAAGAGACUGCAACAGUUUCUUUGGUGGAAGAUGGUAGGAAAGAGGGUGAUCAAGAGCAAUUGAAGGCAGUUCAGCCUAGAGAGCUUAAUGCGGCCUUUCUUGAAUCAAAUCCGAACCGCAAGUCGAAAACCCAAGCCGUGCGGGUCAAAGGAGUUACAGUGGUUCCGAUGGUGGAGGGUCAAUCGGUCAAGGUCACUGAUGCUAAUUCUGGACGACCUUCGGGUGCUCACAAGGUGAUUUCAAUUGUUGAAAAAGGACACGGGACUAAGAGUCAGAUAGCUGCCAAGCUAAAGAAACCUCAAGUGUCGGGUAAUAAAGUUUUCAAAGAGAAUUCGCGCCGUGGUGGAACAUGUACCAAACAGUUGAGUGUGAGUAAAUCUAAGAGAACUGCUCUUUCUGAAUGGGUUCAUUCGGUUUCUAAUCAGUUGAUUCAAGUUGGGAAUAAGGUUGGCUCGGACUGCUCUGGAUUGAACAAGGGUUCUAGGGGAGAUAGUUCUAGUAGCUGUAUUCCUACAAAUGAUACUUGUGUUCUUGACGAUCAUAUGGAUGUCGCGGUGGACAAUGGAAAUCGGGAUGCAGGAAGAGUUCCUUCUGCAUAGGUCUGUCUUCCUCUGUUGGUUGGUUUUUAACAUGACAGGUAUCUUUUUUUGGAAUUGUCAGGGGGGCAAGUCCCACUUUCAGACGCUAUUGCAAAAACUUCUUUCGAGAGUUUCAUCCAAUGAUGGUUGCGUUGUUUGAACCGCUUAUAAGCAGUUGGUGAGCCUUGAAAGUGAUUGCGAGUUUGGGGUUUAUUAACUCUUUUCGGAUUGAGGCUCAUGGUUUUAGUGGGGGUAUCUGGUUGUUGUGGGAUCCUUCGAUUUCUGUGGAAAUUACUCAUAUCUCGAACCAAUUUAUUCAUGGGCGAUUUUUGGAAGAUGGGAGAGCUUCAUGGAUUUAUUUUACUACGGUGUAUGCUAGUCCAAAUGAUAUGUACUGGUGGAAUCUUUGGAGUCAACUUCGCCAGUUGGAUCCUAGUGAUGAUGAUCCCUGGGUGGUUGGUGGUGACCUUAAUGCCAUUGCAAGUUCUGAGGAGAGAACAGGUGGUUCAUCUGUGCAGUCUGGUGUUAACAAGAGGUUCGUUGAUUUUUUGGGGGGGUCCGGUACUCCGGUUUGAUUGAUUUGGGUUUCCAGGGUCCUCCAUUAACUUGGAGCCGGGGUAAUCUCUAUCAACGUCUAGAUUGUGUUCAUGCCAAUGCGAAGUGGAUGACUUUGUUUCCUAAUAGUUUGUGCGCCAUUUAGAUCGUUUGGGUUCGGACCACCGCCCUAUUAUGUUACAGUUUACUCUUGAUUUGGAUAUGAUAGCUAUCCGGCCCUUCCGUUAUAUUGAUGCUUGGAAUGAUCACCCGCAGUUCAAGGAGUUCUGCAGUCAGUUUGGUGUGACAAUGAAGUCUUGGGAUCUAAUUUGGCUGCUUUUACGACUGAAGUUCAGAAUUGGAAUUCAGAGGUUUUUUGUCAUAUUGGUAGGAAAAAGAAGAGGUUGUUGGCUCGACUUAAGAGGUAUUGAUAAGUUUCUUCAAUCUUCUCAUUCGGAUUUCCUUGUUGAGUUGGAAGGUUCGUUGCGCUAUGAGCUGAAAAUUGUUUUCGAACAGGAGAAGAUUUUUUGGAAGCAAAAGGCGGGAGCCCAACGGGAUAUCUUUGGAGAUCGUGACACAAAAAUUUUUCCAUGCUUCCACCAUGGCAAGGCUUCGGAAGAACAAGAUUCUGUCCUUGAAAGAUGAGACGGGGGAGUGGUGUCUUGAUCAGGAUGCUUUACAACAAAUGGCAGUGCAGUUUUAUCAGAACUUGUUUUCAAGUUCUUGUGUCGAUCCUUCAUCAAUGGUUGUUUCCUGUGGUCCCUCAUCAUUUAUUGGAUAGCAUGGAUCUACCUGUUACUAAUGAAGAAAUCAAAAAUGCUAUUUUCAAAUUGGCUCAUCUAAAGGCACCCGGAUUGGAUGGUAUACAUGCCGCUUUUUACCAACGACAUUGGGAUGUGGUAGGGAGUUCGGAUUGUCGUAUUGUUGAUGAAGUUAUGAACACUGGGAGAUGGCAUGAGGAUUUAAACUAGACGAUUUUGGUUUUGCUUCCAAAAGUGGAGAAACCAGAAGGAAUUAGCCAAUUCCGCCCCAUUAGCCUUUGUAAUGUUAUCUACAAGGAUGUCAUACACUCGAUGAACAAGAAGAAAGGAAGAAAAGGGUGGAUGGCGAUAAAGAUUGACUUAGAAAAGUCUUACAAUCGUUUAGAAUGGAACUUUAUCGAGGCCACACUGAUUGAUAUUGGUAUUCUUGUGCAGGUUCAGCAAUUGAAUCAUGAGAUGUGUUUCGUCUGUCUGCACUCAAAUUUUAUGGAAUGGCUCAUUGACUGAUUCUUUUCAUCCUUCGAGCGAAAUACGUCAAGGUGACUCUCUCUCCCCAUAUUUGUCCGUGUUAUGCAUGGAACGGCUCGCCCAAGCAAUAAAGGUGGAGUGCUUGAAGGUCUCUUUGAAACCUUUUCGGACUUUGGCUUCUACUCCUGGAAUAUCAGACUUGUUUUUCGUGGAUGAUAUGGUUUUUUUGCUUAAGCAUCGAUGGAGCAGGUUGAAGUUAUUAGUUCAGUUCUGAGGAAAUUUUGUGAAGCUUCUGGCCAGAAAGUGAGUCUCCCAAAAACUACCAUCUUCUAUUCCAAGAAUGUGUCGCGGAGCUUAAGAAGAUUGAUUAAUUCUGCUCUUGGUUUCAAAGUUGGGACUUGGGAUACAUUUGCUGCACAUGCACAAUCGUGUUUCUACUGCUACUUAUCAAUACUUGAUUCAAUCCGUGCGUGAUCGCCUUAAUGGAUGUAAGGCUCGUACGUUAUCAUUUGCAGGUCGUAUUAUCUUGGCCAAGUCGGUUUUGGCUUCAAUCCCAAUCUAUACGAUGCAAACAGCCUUGUUGAAAAAAAAAACCUGAUUGGAGAAUGAAAAAGUUAUUAGGAGUUUUGUUUGAGGUAUUUCGCCGGAUGAUAAAGGGGUGCAUCUCGUUCGGUGGUCGGAUGUUUGCAAACCGUAGUCAGGGAGGUUUGGGAUUAAAAAAAAUGUUUAAACAAAAUGAUGAGUUAUUAAUGAAGGUUGCUUUCGAUGUUUUGGCAAAUACGAAUCAGCUGUGGGUGCGUUUUCUUCAAGCAACGUACAAGGUUGGCGAUGGCAUUGCUGAGGUAAUUCAAAAUCGAAACUGUUCUCGGUUAUGGCGAGGACUUAACAUUAUAGUAUAAUUGAUUUUUUAUU